AGAUCUCAUUUCGGGUGUGGCAGUGUGGUGGCAGUCUUGAGAUCAUCCCCUGCAGCAGAGUUGGGCACGUCUUCAGAAAACAACAUCCAUACACCUUCCCCGGAGGCAGUGGGACUGUGUUUGCAAAGAACACGAGGAGAGCAGCAGAGGUGUGGAUGGAUGAGUAUAAAAACUUUUACUACGCUGCCGUCCCCUCAGCGAGAAACGUCCCCUAUGGAAAUAUCCAGAGUCGUAUGGAGAUGAAGAAGAGAUUAGGAUGCAAACCAUUUAAAUGGUACCUGGACAAUGUCUAUCCGGAACUACGUGUCCCGGACCACCAGGACAUCGCGUUCGGAGCGCUGCAGCAGGGAGGAAACUGUCUGGACACUCUGGGCCACUUUGCUGACGGCGUGGUGGGCGUCUACGAAUGCCACAACGCCGGAGGAAACCAGGAGUGGGCCCUGACCAAGGAUAAGUCUGUGAAGCACAUGGACCUGUGUCUGACCGUGGUGGACCGCACGGCCGGCUCCCUCAUCAAACUACAGGGCUGUCGAGAGAACGACAGCCGACAGAAAUGGGAGCAGAUUGAGUCCAACUCGAAGCUUCGUCACGUGGGUAGCAACCUCUGCCUGGACAGCCGCAAUGCCAGGAUGGGGGGCCUCACGGUGGAGGUCUGCAGCCCGAGCCUCAACCAGCAGUGGAAGUUCACCCUCAAUCUACAAUCAUAGGGGGGGGGCUGCGGACCCUGGGAAGAGCUGGAUGUUUGAUAGAGACACCAACAGACUCUGAGACACGGAUUAAGAGAUGGAAAAAGACUGGAUGGAUAAACGGACCCCUCUCGCUCCUCGGAGGUGCAGCCAGUCUAUACACCUCUCCCCUACCCUCACCCCUCCCAAAAGAGCCAAACCCACCAGGGGAGGGGCUUGUAGACGUUGCUGGAGUAAACAGGAAACGGACUGUAUUUGUUGGAUGAAAGGUGAAAAUGAUGAUCAUUAUGAGGAUAAAAGCGAUGGAGCGACUUUCCAUUCAAACUACAUACCUCAGUGUUUUUUCAUUGAUGGUUCCAGAAGCAAAUGUUGUUAUUUUACGUUCUUUAAUGCAGGUGAGGUAGAACCGUUUUUACUUUGAAAUUAUUUUAUUAUUAAUAUUUUGUAUUGACUGCCGGUAACUCUCCGCGGAGGUUUCACAGGAACUCUUUUUUUCGUUUUCUUAAAGGAAGGGGACAUUAAUGUUGUUGUUCCUUUGGGCUUUCUCUCUGUUUCACCACGCCGAGCCGGAGCCUGUAAAGGCAGGUGGAGGCUUCAUGUUGAGGUCUGGGCGUAGAGUGAUAUGAAGGCUGGAAAUGGACUCAACUCCUUGAGCUUUUCCUCUUAUCAUUAGUUCACAGGAUCAUUGGAGGAAAGAGAGCCACAGUGGAGAGAAGAAGCUGUGUGUUCUGCUUUGGUUCCUACACAGUUUCUUCUGCAGAUUGGGUCUUGGGGAAAGGGGAAAGGGGUUAAGGGAGAAGCUUCUCUGCUUUGGUCGGGGCCUGAAACUGGUUUGGUUUGGCCGGAAGUUCAAAACCCGAAACCAGGAAGUGUCUUGAAGCCACCCCUCAGGGUUUACUGUUUGUCGUCGGGCUGUCGCACUGGCUGCCGCAGCAUCUUCAUGUCUACCCCAUUAUGUCUCUUUGAAAAAACAACUCUCUUAACACUCUUCUUUUGUCACACAAAUAAUGGAACCAAAUUUUGAUUGGAUGUUUUUGUUUCAGGAAUACGAGAACUUUGAUUAAAAGGGUUUUUCUUCACAAGCUCUCGCUGCAUUCUAACUGCUCCCUGCUGAGCCGCUUAAUUUAUACAUCUCCUUUCCUGCACAGAUCAUUUUCUUUGUGUCUAAUAUUGCCAUUUAGGGAUGUUUACUGUCACACCCACCUGGAUUUCAUGUUGCAGUUUUACCAACUGGUUAUGGCUGCAAAGGUACUACCGACAUUUAUCUAUAAUAUUACCACAAGCAGAUAUCUUCCCAACUGAGAUGUUUUUUUUACCUGAUUUCAACACACACCUGCCUGCUCUUGUCCGGCAAUAGAAGGAAACACUAAUGUGUGGCAGACACCCAAUGUCCAUCUUUCUUAUUGACAAAGUAAAACGUUGCUUAUUCCAGCCUCCAGAACAGUUUUUAUGCAAAAAGAUAGAGGCAUGUGUUCUGAGCUGCAUGUAUCACCAGCCAGCUCCCCCACUUACAGUCGGUCGGUAGUGUCUCCAUCAACAUGUCUUUCUUUCCUUCAUUGUGCCUGUUGGAUGAACCAUCUGUUCUGAGGUUUGGAUCUGUAAUAAACAAGGUUUCACUGUUUGCCCCCCACUCUGUUCUGCUGCAGGUGAGCAGAUCUUUCUGAUUGCACAGGCAGGACUGCUCAGUUUCUGCUGAUACAAAGUACUGAGGAGAACACCUUUUCUUUAUUUUGACGAGCACCUUUAUUCUGAGGAACAAGGUUUCGGUGUCCCCGAACCGCAUUGUGCCACAUCUUCAUCUUUUGUUUCCUGAUAGUGUUACUGAUGCCAGUUACAGUUCAUACAUCUGUGUGCUAAUCCAUUACCUGACGCCUGUUUUGCAUCUUUGCAACAAUAGUCUCUCCUCGCCUUCAACACAGGUUCCUCUUAGCUGCUAUGAUUCUCUGUACUGGUAGUCACUGAUGAGUCAUGAAGGUACAAUUUGGGAAAAUCGUUUCGAUUAAAUUCAGAGCGACUCAUCACUUGGCAGAUUCAAGGCAACAUGAACACAAAACAUCUUUAAGCAUACUGUACAACACAAAUUGCCUAUAAUAAUCAACUAUUUCCUAGUUUAGUCUAGAAAGAGGUUGCAUCCUCAAGUGUUGUUUUAAUGUCAAAUAUCCUCUCUGUAUCCCUCUCUCAUUUUCACAUCUGUUCUCUUGAUUUUUGUUUUACUGUGUUACGGUAACAGACAAAGACAGCUGCUCAUAUUUACUGGGUUGUCUGGUUCUUUUCCAUCCUCCGUUUCCAUCCCAUUGUUUGUUUUUCUACCAUUUUGUUCCUUGUACCUGAUGUUUACCUUGUCUUCAACAUUCACACGACUGUAGACAGAGUGAGGGGCGAAGUGAAGGUCAGAUCAUACUGCAGCUGGAUUCAAAAUCAUAUCCUUAGACUUGACGUGUCGCUGCAUUGUGCUGCGAGGUGUGACUAGAUGUGAGGAACGUUUUCUGUUGCUAUGGUGACCAGGCUCAAUGGCCCCAAGUCUGGUUUCCGUUUAUUUUUGUGUUGAGCAGCAGGUGGAUUUACCGCUCCUGUUAUGUCUUAAAUUCAGAUUAAGUAGAAGAUUGUUACAAAUCAAUAAUUGUAAUAUUGAAGGACUAAUAGAAAUUAAAGUAAACAAUAUAUAUCUUAUAACCAGUUGUUCCUUAACAUCUCCUUUAUGUGCAUUACAACAGUGCCUCAGGUUUUAAUUCAGUAAUGGGGUAGAUACAUAUGUUGUAGCCCCCACAUUUAGUAUCUUUUGACUACAAAUUGUGUGGUAAUCCUCAGAAACUACGUACAAAAGUCUUAAAUUAUGUUCACUAUAAGAACCCAAAACUCUGAGCUAUUCAUUGUCAAAGCGUCUGGCCCUUGUCCUAUGUUGUGAGGAUAAAAUGCUGAGGUUUUUAAUGGUGUAUAGCGCCCUCUAUUGUGGAUAACAGCUAUACAAAAAGGGACUAAAGGUAUUAAACUUCUAAUGCACAAUGCACCAACGGGGACAUUCCAAGAUUUUUCUUAAUCAAAUUUUCUUCAGCUUUUUUCUAUUAUUAAAGUCUUAAUCAAGCCCUGAUAAAAUAGCCAGCUGGUACAAUCUUAACAGGCGUGAGAAUCUAACUGCUAACCCCAGAGAGUGGUUGGUAAUGCUGUGUGUUACAACUGUUCAGAUAUGUUGUUUGAAGCCUUUUCUUUGUAAAACCAGUCUUAUUCUUGUGAAGAUGAAAGAAUUCUAUUUUAUUUGUUUGUUCUACGCAUUUUGAUUGGAUUAUUCAAUGUUUACAUCUUUAGCACUAUGUGCCAAAGUUUUCCUUCCUAUUUUCUCUGUAUGAGGAAGAAUGAGAAGGGGUAAAAGUCAUUGGAAAUGCUGUCGCAAAGAACUGAAUGCAAACUGCAGAUGGUAUAUGUUGUGUAUCUCAUUCUUCUUCCUAGUCCCAGUUAGACCUGCAGGACACACUGGGGCGUGUACGUCUCUAAGAUGAUGAUGGUGUUGGUCUUAUAAUGGACACAGGUUGCAAAUGUUUCAUGUCUUUAGAUGUGUCUUCAAAAAGUCUGUUGUAGCAGAACUAACUCUGUGUGUUAGCUUAAAGCUAAAUUCUAAAGGAGAACGAAUGUUGUCAAUAUUGUAGACAUGUAUUAUUAGAAAAUACUUCACCCACAAAAUUGAUACGUACAUAAAUUAAUCGCCACCGUUUUUCUCAAAUGCCUCAACGGUGAAAGCGGAAUCAAAAUACAGAGACAUUUCUUGAUUAAUUGUAAUAAAUGGGAGCUGUGUUAACAUGGGCUGAAUUAUUAAUUAUUAUUAUUAUAAUAAUUAUAAUUAUGUGGUUUUAGUAUUUCUUUAAAAGGAGGUGUAUAACUGGUCACCAGUCAGUGAGCAAGAGCAUUUCCCCAGCUGAGCAAGUAGGACUUUAUUCAUACUGUGUUUGGUGAACUAUGAAGGUGAGCGCUGUGUUCUCUCAGCCUUUUACCUCAAAUGGGAAGCAGAGUUAUUUCAUGAUUCUUCCUCAGCCCACCUUAAAUCCUCUUUUAGGGUUUACAGAAGAGUCCACUCUGAUAAGUGAAAGCCCUGCGGAGACAUCCAGCUCAGGACUGCUUAAGCUUCCCAUCUUUUGCUACCAGUUUCAGUCACAGUGUGUGUGAAUCCAGACAUGAGAGGGGCUUUGGACAAAAUACUCUUCCCUUCAACC